CGCUCGAUACACGCCACGGGCGUCAACGCUACGGUAACCAAGCUGCGUUUAUAAGACAAUAUUGUUUCUAUUCACACAUAAAAGUGUGCAUUAAAACUAAUUGGGCUAAAUAUAGUCCUUUAUCGUCGUGAUAAAGUUAUUCACCCUAGUACCGGCCAUCUUGGAGCGUAAACCGCCGCGUUCCCCCGCCGCACGCCAGUCGCUCGAUGAGCGCCCGCCCGUGUGUACGGCCUAUUCACGAAAUAACAAGUUGCCAACAAAGAAUUGCAUCACCAUGCAGUUCGAAUACGAUCCCGAAAGGCUUAUAGAAGAAGUGAGGAAAAGACCUGGCAUAUGGAAUUAUGAAGAUAUGGAAUAUCGUGCUAAAACUAUGAGGUACAAACUCUGGAACGAAGUCGUCACGGAACUUAUGAAUCCCGAGGCCAAGGUCUCUAAAAGUGAAAUGAGAGAACUCGAAAUCCAACUACAAAAGAAAUGGAAAAGCAUUCGGGACUGCUUUCAAAAAUACAUUGCAAAUCCUAAUAGAACGAAGAAACCGUAUAUUUAUUCCAGACAGUUACAAUUUCUAUUGAAAGAUCAGGAGGAAUUACCACGCAAAGAGGACGGAGGAGGAACAACUGAAUCAGAUGAUGACAAACCAAUUAAAAAGAAGAAAGUUUGGAGAUCCAAAAGAAAGUUGAAAUUAGUGAAAGAGGAGACUUCAGAAGAGGACAAUGACAAUAGUAUUAAUUACGAAGCUAAUGAUGAUUCCAGAGAUUAUACUAUGGAGACGUCUGAAACUGGACGAUCAGCGAAGGUGCCAAAGACAAGCAAGCCACAGCCACAAGUCGACGAGUUUGUAUUUGCAAGUGUUGAUACACAAAUAAAAAAUGAAUCGGAUGAUCCAGAUAGAAUGUUUUUACUGUCACUUUUGCCACAUUUGAAGAUGAUACCAGAAGAAUUUCGUUUGAACGUGAAAAUGGAUAUGAUGCACGUACUGCGAAACGCAAGUUAUAACACCGCUAGAGAACACAAGUUGAUUUAAAUUAGUAUCGUUUAGUUACUAUAACUAUUUAGUAGUCAAAAUGACUGUUUAAUUUAUGAACAAAUAUAAGACUCGUUAUGUUACAUUCCUAAUAUUUAAUAAAAAUAUGUG